AUGGCUGAGAAGUAUACAUUUAUUGUUGUGGGGGGAGGAAUAGCUGGUGUCUCAUGUGUUGAAAAUCUGGCCACAUUAUGUCCAGAAGAUAAUAUCUUACUCAUCAGUUCAUCCCCAAUUGUAAAAUCAGUCAUCAAUCUAAAACAGUUGACUAGGAACCUGGAGCAAUUUGAUGUUUAUGAGAAGCAUUCAUCGGAGCUAGAGUCCCAAUAUGCCAAUGUGUCAAUCACUCAGGAUGAGGUCUCAUCGUUUGAUUCAUUUAAUAAGGUACUUGGCACCAUCAAUAGCAAAUCAUUCAGAUAUGAAAAAUUGUGUAUUUGUACUGGGGCUAGUCCAAAGGUGAUUGCAAAGAACAAUGAGUUUGUUAUUGGCAUCCGGGACACAGAAACAGUUUUUGAGUUUGAAUCCAGGCUUGUCAAAUCUCGCAGGGUGGUCAUUGUUGGCAAUGGAGGGAUUGCCACAGAACUAGUUUUUAAAAUUCAGCGAUGUGAAGUGCUGUGGGCUAUAAAAGAUAAUUCGAUAAUCAGCACCUUCAUUGAUCCGGGGGCAUCCAGGUUCCUCCUUCCGCACAUGUUGGGCGUGGGAGCCGAAGAGGAACCUUUUGUGAAGAGGGGGAAGUUUUCCGUUGAAGCAGCAAGUAAGGAUGCCAACACGCAUACCUCCAGUUACGGGUGUGCGCUGGGACCGGAUUGGAUUGAUCUGCUGAAGGCACAAGGUCGAACUAGCAAGGUCAGGUGCAAGGAGGACAUUUACUGCGUGGAGGUGAAGGACAUUCUGACCUUGAAUCAGGUCAGGUCACUUGGUUUGAUCCAGAAUUCUAUUGAAGGAUCCGCACUGAAUGAUUUAGGUGAGUGGCCGGUGUACGUCCGACUGACCAAUGAAAAGUUGUACGGCUGUGAUUUCGUGAUCAGUGCUACUGGAGUGCUGCCCAACAUUAAAUCAUUUGAAAAUUUUGAAUUAGGGAAAGAUGGCGGUUUACUAGUGAACGAACGUAUGCAGACGUCGAUCAGUGAUGUGUACGCCGCCGGGGACGUGUGUACAGCGGGCUGGAAACUAUCACCAUUCUGGCUGCAGAUGAGAUUGUGGAGCCAAGCAAGACAGAUGGGCGUCCAGGCCUCACGCUGCAUGGUGGCAGACUGGAUCGUGUUCGACGAAUCUGAACAAAUGGAUUUCUGCUUUGAGCUGUUCGCCCACGUAACGAAAUUUUUCAAUUACAAGGUUAUCUUACUCGGAAAGUUUAAUGGACAGGAUCUCAAUGAUGAUUACAAACUUCUUAUCAAAGUUGUGGAAGGUUGUGAGAAGUACAUAAAAGUGGUUCUGCAGGGGGGUAGGAUGGUUGGCGCUAUACUCAUUGGGGAGACCGACCUCGAGGAAACCUUUGAAAAUUUGAUACUGAAUCAGCUCGAUCUAACCAGAUAUGGCGAUGGAUUACUGGAUCAGGAUAUUGAAGAUUUUUUCGAUUGA